GCAGAUACCAACAAUGAAAGUAUUCACAGUGGGCUUAGAUGAGAAGCCUCCAAUAAAAGAUGCCGAAAAAGCACUCGAAUCACCAGGACCUAUACCCGGAACACCUCCACCAAUAAUCACGCUCGAGAAGAAGAGUUCAAACUCAUGGAAGCGAUAUUUGAUGUGUAUGCUGACAGUUUUCUUGGUUUUGCUGUUCGCGAUCAUACUCAGUGAACUUGCAUACAAUCGGGCACGAGACGAGAAUUAUCUCCGCUUGCGAUGGGCUGAAUUAAGACAACGAAUGGCCAUGAACAUGGGCUACGAGAACAACUACAAUAAUCUUCAACCUCAACCACAACCGCUUGUUCAACAAAUCUAUCGACCUGAUCGAGUGGACAGUGCAGCCUAUAUGCAAGAGACUACCACACCUGAGGCAACCACCACGACUCCACCAUCCACAACUCCGGUUGAAGUGGCUAAUCCAAUCGACAAUGGCUUACCAAGCGAUCUAGCGAAUCCUUCAUCGGGCGAUCCUCGACUUGAGUUCUUGCGUAAGAUCUUGUCGAAAAUUCGUGAAGAAGCUGAGAAGGCUGGCAUCGAUGGUACCAUGCAAGUUUCGGUGAUGCGCGUCGAUCAACCCGACCUCAGCCAGGUUCAGGAGCCCUCAUUCACGGACGGUUUUGGUGAAAUUCAACAACCAUUCAUCGCACCAUCUUCGCCGCUGGAUAUGAUGCCAAUGCCGAAAAUGUUCGGGCCAUGGCCAUCCGAAGAAUUCUACAACGAUAACGAUGAAAAUCGUCCAAUCUCAAGCCCCAUGAUGAUGAGUCAGCCGAUGGACAUGUCUAUGCCAUCAAUGAUGAUGAGUCAGUUCGCCAGUCGUCCCAUGAUGAUGAUGAUGAACCAACCCGGAAAUUUGGGACCAAUGAUGAUGAAUUCAGGAAUGAUGCCUCGUCCUUUCUCGGCACCACUUCUUCCACAGAUACUCUUCAUGGGUGCUAGACGCUUCGAUCAGCCUAUGCUUCCUCCGACGGUAAUUAACCAGAGUCCUAGCAUGCCCUGUACAGAUCCAGCAUGCAAUGUACAGUCACAAGCACUACAACCGCUUACCGCGCCUCUUCAGUCUGAACAACAGCAACUUGACAUAGAUGAUGCUAUGGAGAGUUCACCUCAGCUUUAUCCGCCAGAACAGUCUCAGCUUCCUGAACUGUUGACGGCACCUGCACUAACUGUCCCUGCGCCACCUACAGAAUCGCAGUCCCAGCCACAGCCCCAAUCUCAACAACUUUCGCAGUCUCAAAAAUCUGAAGAUCCAUUCUUCAACGUCAAACCAUGGCUUCACAUAUUUCUGGCGGGUGAUAAUUUGUCACAGGGACCUGACAGUAAUGACCGGAUGACGAAUGAUCAGAAUAACGGAUGGAGUGCUCAGAAAAACAACAUGGCUGGCAGCUUUGGCCCAAGUUUCACUGGCCCCUUGGCAGCACCAGCUCAGCCCCAAAUUCAGCCACAAAUAAUUCCACAAGAUCCACAACCACAAUUGUUCGCGCCGAAUCCAGCAGAUGCUUCAUGGAACAUCAACGAUGCACCACAGCAAAUGCAACAACAAAUCCUCCAAGCACAGCCACAAAUGUCCAACACCUUCAUCCGACCCUUCGCUAUGAUGCAAUUGGAAACUCCGCAACAAGAGCCAAUUCCCGUUCUUGGACCUCAACUUCCACAACCUCAGCAACCUCAAAUUGAAUCUGGAGUCCCAACGUUCGACCAAGCACCAAGAUGGCUCGGACCUCAAUUUCCCAUUAAUGCAGCCCCACCACCACAACCUCAAUCGCUUUCUCGGGACCUAUGGUCACCUAUUCCGAAGAGCAAUAUUGCUGAUAACUUCGACCAACGAAUGAACGGAGCACUCGUAAGUCCUCCUCAAAUGCCACAAGUUCCUCAGAUCCCACAAAAUCAACAGUCUUUGUGGAAUCCAGAUAUGUCCUGGAUGAACAAUGAAAUCCGAGAGCAACCGCAAGUUCAAUUCGCCUCAUCUGAUAGCUUCUUCAAACCGGCCGAUAACGGAUUUCCUGUCCCAUCUUUGCCAGAACAAUUCCAAGCCCAGCAACAGCAGAUGCCGAUAGUUCUGCAGCAGAAUGCUGCUCCUCAAGAAGCCAUCGAGCAGCCCCAAACUCAGGUUCAGGCACAACAACCUCAAGAGACACAAUUCGUUCAGAUGCCUGAAGUUCGUCCAGUCGUAUCUGAAGUAGUACCAGCUGUUCAACCGGAACAGUCUCUACCAACCAUUCAGCAGCAACAAGAACAACAACCUCUGGUCAUACCAGCAGAAAAUACUUGGCAAAAGCCUCAGCCCAUUGUUCCGGUGAACGGUGAUCAACCGCAAGAACUUGUACAAGCAGGAAGUGCAGAUAACAAAAUGGAGAUGCAAGGGCCACAAGAUAUUGCCAUUAUCUCGCCACGUAUGGCAGAAUCAAUCCCGUUCUUCCAGUCAAAAAUGAACCAGGAAAAGGUUAGUGGACGAAUGAUCGACCAAUUCAUUUUGGGAAUUCAAAUUCCAUACAUCCUGUAG